CGAAGGGUGCGGGGGUGUGUUUCAUUCAACCCGCGCGAUGGGCUCAAUGGAGGGGGCGAAGGCGGAGAACGGCGGCGGCGCCGCCGUGGCGGUGGUGGCGUGCAACGGCGGCGGGGGCGGCGGCGAAAACGUGGGGCGGCGGGGUAAGGCAGCGGCGGCGGCGGCGGCGGCGGCGGCGGCGGGGACGGCGGCUCUGCCGCUGGAGGUGGGGACGAAGGUGAUGUGUCGGUGGAGGGACCAGAAGCUCCACCCCGUCAAGGUCAUCGAGCGCCGCAAGAUCUCCUCCGGGGGGGCCAACGACUACGAGUACUACGUCCACUACACCGAGUUUAACAGGAGGCUUGAUGAGUGGGUUAAGCUUGAGCAAUUGGACCUUGAUACAGUGGAGAGUGACAUCGAUGAAAAAGUGGAAGACAAGGCAACAAGCUUGAAAAUGACGAGGCACCAAAAGCGGAAAAUUGAUGAAACACAUGUGGAGCAAGGUCAUGAGGAGCUUGAUGCUGCUAGUUUGCGCGAACAUGAGGAGUUCACUAAAGUGAAAAACAUUGCAAAGAUAGAGCUUGGGCGAUAUGAGAUUGACACAUGGUACUUUUCCCCUUUUCCACCAGAAUACAAUGACUCUCCGAAGCUCUACUUCUGUGAGUUUUGCCUCAAUUUCAUGAAGCGCAAAGAACAGCUUCAGCGGCAUAUGAGGAAGUGUGACCUCAAGCAUCCCCCUGGUGAUGAGAUCUAUCGAAGUGGCACACUAUCUAUGUUUGAGGUUGAUGGCAAGAAGAACAAGGUUUAUGGGCAGAACCUCUGCUAUUUGGCGAAGCUUUUUCUGGACCAUAAGACACUGUACUAUGAUGUUGAUUUGUUCUUGUUUUAUGUCCUUUGUGAAUGUGAUGAUCGAGGGUGCCACAUGGUUGGAUAUUUCUCGAAGGAGAAACAUUCAGAGGAGUCCUAUAAUUUGGCAUGCAUUCUUACUCUUCCUCCAUAUCAGCGGAAAGGAUAUGGCAAAUUUCUGAUUGCAUUCUCCUAUGAACUUUCGAAGAAGGAGGGUAAAGUGGGGACACCCGAGCGCCCACUUUCUGAUCUUGGUUUGUUAAGCUACCGAGGCUAUUGGACAAGAGUUCUUCUAGAAAUCCUGAAAAAGCACAAAAGCAACAUAUCCAUCAAGGAACUCAGUGAUAUGACCGCGAUAAAAGCGGACGACAUAUUAAGCACAUUGCAAAGUCUCGAUUUGAUACAAUACAGGAAGGGGCAGCACGUAAUCUGCGCCGAUCCGAAGGUCCUCGACCGCCAUUUAAAGGCUGCGGGCCGCGGAGGCCUCGAGGUCGACGUCAGCAAGCUGAUCUGGACUCCUUACAAAGAACAAAGCUAGUACUGUUCAAUCACUCGGAAUCUGAUGAACAAAUUUGUACCUAGUAGUGAAGGAGACGGGAAGUUUGUACAUAAAUAGAGAUUGUGCUUGUUGAAUGUAUUUUCGCAAUUUAGAUUAUUCGAUGGUUUUAAUUGCUAAUUUCGCCACGAAGUUGUUUGCGGAGUGGAAAUUUCAAAGGGUGGGUGGGGGGUGGGAAUCAGUUUUAACCCUCUUAUUACAUGUAGGUUGAUGCUGUAAUAUCUGUUUGUUCUUAUUUGAUCAAUUGGAGAUGUUACCAGGAAAUAGUUGUUUUGGUUUUUC